UUGUUUACAACGUUCUCGAGCCAUACACACAUGACCUUUUCCAAGAUGGUUGUAGAUGCGUAUAUCGUUCCGUCGUGUGGUUCAAAAAUUCCAACUACAUGCAAGAAACAAGUACGUCUGUUAUUAACAGCGAUCAGAAUGCCUGUGUCACGAUUCAGUGAAAACUUUUGAUGAUAUUGAUGAGUUUAAAGACUAAAUAAGUUGUAGUGAAUUAUUGAUUUUUGCUCGACCACAUUUCCGUCUGUUAAUGCGUAAGUUUACGUUCGUGUGUUUUAAAGUGUUUUGAAACGUAAUUUCACACAUGUUAAACGUGCAUUUGAUGGUUAAAUCUGGGAAUUAUUUUGGUGGAGUGCGCAGAAAUUACAGAGCUGGAGUGAUGUUUCAUUGACCUCGAAUAAUACUGUGUUUUGGUAUUGCGCAUGAGAAACACCCUGCCCUUGGCGCGAGCGUAUUUUCGUAUUAAGGUGUUGCUAACAAGCAAGAAAACGACUCAACAACAACACACAUUGAUUGCACGAGAACAUCUCAUUGAAAGGUGGGAUUUAAAUACCAAAUUUCGUGCAAUUAAAGGAGACUGCAUAUCGGAAGAGGCGUGAACACGCUGUAAUGUCAAUGAGACCAGUUGCCACUCGCGUGGAUUUUUGUGGAGCCAAUCUCGGAUUCCUGUCAAUUGAUGUUCGCUUCAUGACUCCUCUGGAUGCUGUGAAGUCUUGGUGUGCUUCCACUCGACAUGUCAUCAGUGAAGAGCUCUUCAUCGGCUGGAGACUCAGCCUGGAAGGAGCUGGAACGGCAGGAUGGAAGGGCCGGAGAAAUCUUGAAAAUGGGCUAUUUGAAGAAAUUGAAGACUAUGAAAAAGAAGUUUUUCGUACUUCGAGGCGAGUCAUCUCAAGCAUCUGCUAGAUUGGAGUAUUAUGACAGUGAGAAAAAAUGGCGAUCCCAUCAUUCUCCAAAAAGGAGCAUUGCUUUGAAAACUUGUUUCAACAUCAAUCGCCGUACGGAUACCAAACACAAGAAUGUCAUUGCCCUGUAUACGAAGGACGACUGCUUCUGCCUGGUCCUGGAGACAGAGGAAGAACUGGAGGAAUGGCUGAACAGUCUGCUUUCGCUGCAGCAUGGAGAGGAUGUGCCAGAUGGAGAGCCUCCCAAGCCUACUUUCGAGCACGUGUGGCAGGUCACCGUGCAGAAGAAGGGCCUGGGCAACAGCAGGCACAUCCUGGGCCCCUACUUGCUCUGCCUUACGGACAAAACCCUGAGUCUAGUCAGCAAAAGUCAGGAGGAGAAGGCCAACAGGGACACUUACGAGUUCGGGUUGAUGUGCAUUCGGCGAUGUGGGCACUCGGACUGUUUUUUCUACAUGGAAGUGGGCAGGUCAGCUUGCACUGGUGCAGGUGACCUUUGGAUGCAAACAGAAGAUCCCAACAUUGCCCAGAACAUGCAUGCUGCUAUUUUGAGUGCCAUGAGCAACAACAGCUCGAAGGAGGAUGUGGUUCCGAGGCCUCGAACCCGCUCGUCCUCCGCCAUUGAGGCGUCAAAGCCCAUCUCGAUGAUCCCUCGGAAGACGAGCCACUUGGGUCCGAUGAAAACAUCUUCGUACUACUCCACAUCAGAAGAAGCUUCUCGGGCCGGUGCUCAUCUCAACUUUGUACCCAACCGGGCUCAACCAGCAGCUACAUACACAGAACAUCCUUCCAUGUCACCUUCUACCCCAGAAGCUCUGCAUAGUCAGGAUGGCAAAGAUGCCCUUGAUGCAUGCCCUGCUUCUGGAGCUUGUUCCACGGACUCCACAGGGUCGUCGUUGAGCAUAGAUGAUCCAUCAGCCAAUGCAUGGACCGAGGAGGGCAUGGUUGAGUUGGGCCGCUACAGCACCUCCCUCACGCCUGAUGAGCCAGCCAUCAUGGAAGUGGAAGAGUAUGCCCAGUGGCCAGGCCCUGGCUCUGAUGGCAAUGCUGAUGGCAAUUACAUGCCAAUGGACCGCAGCCAGCCAUCGUUGUCAUUGCCCAUCCAGUCCGCAGCUGCUGUGAAUACAGUCACUGCUCCUCACAGGAAAAUCUCUCCUAAUCUCAGCAGUAGUGGUUUCAAGUCAGGGUCUCCGUCACAGGGGUCAUACAUGGAGAUGUAUAGCCCCUGUGGAUCUUCGCCCAUGGAGAACACUGGUUAUAUGGCUAUGAGUCCAGGUGGAGGAGGGAGUGUGCCAUCGGAUGCCACCCCUCGAAUGCAGAUCUACUCCCGUGCUGCUAGCUCUGCCAAUCACAGUAGAGGAAGCAGCUUAGCUGAAGAUGACUUCCAUCCAAGUGAGAUGUCCCCAGCCAGCAGUUGUUCUAUUACUUCUGGCACGCCCUCAACGGACCUCCGCUUCUCUGAAUAUCACCUUGAGAAAGUGAGCUCAUAUUUCACCCCUUCAGAAGAAGAUGAAACAUCAUCCUUAGACCGGCCUAUCCCCAGAGCAUACUCUGUGGGCUCUCGUCCAGAGAAUAUGAAAAGGCCUAUUAGGUUGGAGAGCCAGGGCCAAGUGGUGGACCCGGUGUCACGAGUGCGUGCCUUCUCAGUGGGCAGCCGAGCCCCUCUCGGAGGUAAAAGCAGUGCCCUGGCGGGUCGUCCCCUGGUGCAUGAUCCUGUCUCCGGCUCCCGCCUCCUGCCCUCGGUGAUGGGAGCCACGCUCACCCCUCCAAGUCACCAUAUCCUGCACUCGGUGAUGGCUCCGUCGGUGUCGGUUGCCAGCAGUAAAAAAUCCUCCAGUGCUCCUCUCUUAUCGAAUUCUUGGUCAGGUUCCGGGACCUCGUCGCUGCGCCACGGACCUCACAGCAGCCAUUCGUCUGUGGAGCCGAUGGAUGACCUCAUGGAGAUGGAUUUCACACGGGCAUCAAAAAGCAGUGGCAAGAACUCUUCCUCCAAGUCAGCUGCAUCCAGAAGCAAAGGAGAUAACACGCUUCCUCCACAUCAUUCAUCACCCUUUUCAGAUAAAUCAGCUGGAACACCCAGUGGGUACAUGGACAUGUCAUCGAGAUCGGUUGGUUCAUCAAAACCCCAUACUCCAACAUGCGGCCCUUAUCUGGAAAUGAAACCUGGUCUCUCUGAAAUGGUCUCGGCCUCUCCACCUGGCUCAAAUGUAAUGUCCAGGUCUCCAAAGUCUUCAAUUCAUUCUGGGCCUUAUUUAGAAAUGAAACCUGGUCUACCUCAAGAAUCACCAUUGGACAAUGGGGACUUGCGGAAUCAGAGUAUUCCCAUUACUGUACCUUCCAAACCUGUCAAUACAUCGAUUUCUCCAAAGUCACAUGUUGGCCCAUAUGUAGAAAUGAAGGCUGGCAGUGCCAUACAAGAGGUUCCCAGAAAAACAUCUAUAUCUGCAUCUCCUCCCACACGAUAUACUGUCGACACUUCUGCAAUCUCAAUGUCCUCAAAACCUUUUACGCCAGAAGAAGUUCCCUAUGUGCCCAUGAAACCUGUUUGCAUUACGUCUGAAAGUUCCUUACCAUUUUUCACCAAACCUAUUCCAGUUCCCAGUGCAGGCCCUUAUUUGGAGAUGAAACCAGGAAGUGGGGGUGAUCAGCCACAGAAUUUGCCCCCAACAACGCAUCGGUCUAGUAUGACCCCAACAAAUGUGUCUCCAAAAUCAUCAUCGUUUAACGUUGGCCCGUAUGUUGACAUGACUCAACCUGCUUUCUCCGCCAGCUCGCAGUUUGCCAGGCAGGCUGCAAGGAAACCUGCCUCACCCAUUCAAGAGGAGUAUGUGGACAUGAGUGUCAAACCUGUAAGGAAGACAUCAAGGCAGGAAAACGCUGUCGCUGUCGUUGGCUCAUCCGUUGUGAACAGGACAGCUCCUGUGGACACUCCACAGCCCAAGAAGCCGCCGGAAGGUUACAUGGAGAUGUCUUGGAAUCGUGGAAACAAAUCAUCUUCGCCAAAGUCAUCUCUUGAAGAUUACAAGUCUCCCCCUAGCAGUAGCCAAGAUGAUUAUAUGAAUAUGUCUUUUGAAGGUAGAGGCAGCCUGAACAAGCGCAAAGAGAGGCGCAAUAGCCGUAAGGAGAAGACACGAUACAGCUCUCAACCAAUUGCUAUUGGAGGCCCGCCAAAAGAUAGUGGUGGGAAAACAUCCUCAGCCUCCACUAGCCCUGUCUUUUCAUUCAUGGGGCGAAAGUGUUCAACAGGAACUCCUCCGAAAAUCCCUGGCUUUCUCCCUCUGGCAGGUGGUGGGGCAGCAGGUAGUGCGAGCACGGCCUCUCCUGGAAGCAGCCCUUUCUCAUCGCUACGCCGCACUCGAAAAGUAAGUACAGGCAGUCGGCGGGAAAGUGGUGAUGCCAGCAGUGGUCUGACAACACCCACUGGUUCCACUACUAUAUUCCCUUUGAGUCUCAACAGCCCAGGAUCCCCCAUGAAACCAUUUCCUGGAACUGCAUCAGCUAGCACGACAAAACCACUUCUGCACAGUGUUCCUGGAUCAGAAGCAGAGCCCUGUCAUAAAUGUCCUGUUGAUGCUACCAGCGGCACUGUUCGCAUAUCAUACUCCUAUCCUGAGAUGCAACUUUCGACAUCAUCAGCAGCAUCUACUCCUGCUACACCUGACUCAAGCAGUUCCUCAGAACAACCCACCCCUGUCAAUGCUGAGUCGAUAGACGACAUCACAAAAGUAGAUGAUUCUAGAAAUCAUGAUUAUGUGAACUACUGCCCCAGAAAAGGACUUCAAUCUGGAACCACCUCAAGAGAUGACGAUUUUGGGGAAUAUGCUGUGAUGAGACCAGUUCCAGUGGUUCGAGCCGGAACAAACGAACCUACCCGAAAAAUAUCGGCUCCAACAUUUGGAGGGAUGAACAGAAGAUUCAAUAAUGUUCAUCAAGGUAUUGCUGGACUUACCCUCAGCUCCCCAUCACUUAAUUCCAGCAAGAAUGUCAACGCUGCUCGUGAGGUUACACCUCCUAUAACCCGCAAGGGUAGUUUCAACAGCCCACUUCCAGCUGCCUCACCAUUAUAUAAAACCCACUCAAAAUCUGUUGGGGGGACAAAUGUUGAGACAGCAAAUGGGCCAAAAGUAAUAACCAGUGAAGUGUCUAGUUCUCUGAGCCGACAGCCAUCAAAUGCAAGUAGUUCUAGUAAAGCUUCCUGUUCCUCAAGGGAAUCUAAGACUAGCCGGCAACUCUCUAGAUCGAGUUCCGGAUCCAGUGAAGUGGGUCGAUGUCUGGAAGCCAGUCGCAGUGUUGAAGACAAAAGUGACGCUCAGUCAACAAGUGAAAGCUUAUCAGUCAAAAGUGAAGAUAGUGGUACAAUUUCUCCAGCAUCGAGUCAGACUGCUGUGGCCUCAAGGCCACCAUCAGUCAGCAGCGAGCGUGAGUUGCAUUACGCCUCCUUGGACUUGGCACCCUCAGGAUCCGAAGGAGAAGAGGGUGCAAGGAGUCCGCGAACCUUGAUGACGCAAGGUUCCUUGACGGAGUCUUCUAACUCUUCGCCCAGCCCCAAUCCUGCCCUGGGCAGCACCGGAGGAGCGAACAGUGGCGAGGCCUUCACGUAUGCAGAAAUCGACUUCUCUCGCAGAGAGAGGUCACGUAGUUCUACAUCAAGUAAGAAAGUCAAACAAUGAACUAGAAGUUCCUUUUGUUUUAAACUACCUGCCAACAGGCUUUUGCUGAAUGAUUUUAGUCAAACAAAUCAUCUGCUUGGCCACAUCAACAGGUUUCUGUUCCUCACUCUCAACCUCGGUCCUCAGAAUACAGUAUUUGGCAGCUUUGUUUCAAUAACUUCAAAGCUAGCCAUAGUUACACUUUGUAUCUCUGGAAAAUGAGAGUAAUAGUUUGCAAGAAUUGUCUUGAACCGUUCCCAGUGAUCUAGGGGAAUGAAAGUCUUGUGUUUACGCAUAGUCAAUUUACAUUCUAUGUAAGGGAAUAAAAAAAAUCAGUGUUGCGUGUUUGCAUUUCUUUCCAAGUUAGCCACUUGCAGGCCAUUGUACUAGGUACAACUGCAUUCAUGCCAAUAUUGUGGUAUAAAAGCGUACAUCAUGGCAGCUUCAUUAUCUAUUUAUAAAAUAGAAAAGUAAAUUAUAUUAUCCAAGAGGUCAUUUUGUUAAGUUUGUUUUUGUUUUUCUUUCUGUAUUUUUCAUGGCUGUAGGAUAUAUACCACUUAGAUGAAGACACCCUUCCACCCUGAGACUCAUCUGUUAGAGGUGCAAUGAGCCAAAUGUUAAAAUGCAUGUGGGAUAAAUGGGUUCUGGAGAUCAGUCGCAUUCAGAUGAACGUGAAAAGAUAUUUCCAUUUGUCCGUCACAUUUGCAUAAAUGUGAAGUCUGCAAAUUAUUUGUAAAAGUAAAUAUUAUUGCCAAUAAUUUAUUUUCAGAUGUAUUUAUGCUACUAUCUACUUCAUUUAUUGUCUUAGACUGACCUAUAUUUCACUUUUAUCACAACACAAUUUUAUAUCACUGUUGGACAUUUUUGUAGGUAAAAGUGUAUAUUUAUGUGCACUCAAAUAUUUAGAUCACAUUGACUUCUGGGGUAUUUGGUAGCUGUGAUUAUCCUUUUUUUAUUGACGAAUGCUUUAUACUGUCUCCUUCCUUGUUUACAUCUUUUAAAUAUAUUAUUUAUUCCUUUUAUUAAGUAAGUGCAAAAUUAGUAAGAUUUUUCAUAAAAUUAAAAUUACAAAAAGCAGCUUAACAACUUUGCUCAUGGAUAAGAAAUUCACUCAGCUUUGGUAGAAACCUUGGCCUAUCUUGCUUCAGUGAAUUCACACCAUGGCGAGCAGACUCAGGAGUGCAUACUUGAGGUAUUGAAAUGGGUUGUUUAAUGUCACGUGAUAGUAAUUUUGUGAAAGUCCAAUUGCAGUACUGAAUGUAAAAUGUGGUUAUACAAUAUGGCUAUGAAGUGAUGAUACUGCUCUUCAAAUCAAUAUUAUUAUCACAAAACAAAUACCAUAAAUAAAUAACUGAAUUAACCUUAGCAUAAAAUACAAUGUUCGAAAGCAGACUGAAAGAACAUAAACCAAAGACAAUGGAUUCCUGAAUCCAUUAUGUGAUGUAUUCAGGGUAGUGUUUGUUGAGAACAUGGACUACUAACUCGUGUCAUUUAUUUGCCCAAAAGCUAUUACAUUUACUGGUAGAACAUGCUCCCCUGUCUCUGGUCUUCAUGGUCCAACACAGGCCUCCCCUUCUCCUUUCCACCUCGCUCAUCGAGGAGUGGUCACACUGUCUGUAUUGCAACAUAGUACAGCCAGGUUUGUUCAAAGCCUCCAUAUCUGCUAGCUUAAUAACUGACUUGUACAUUUGAUGUACCACAAAUGUGCCUUCCCUUUAGGAGUAAUAUUUGUUUAAAAGAAACAAAAUGAUCAUUUAGUUGAGGUGUGUUUACACUUAUUAAAAAUUGAACUGAUAGCUCUCUUUCUGAGUGGCCUCUCUGCUCCAGUAGCUGUUUACCCUAGAUUUCCUCCCUGUUGGUGACUGAAAUAAAAAAAAAAACAAAAGUCAGUGUUGUUGUAAGGUAUGACGUCUAAGAAAGAAAAAAAAAGACGAAGAAAGAAUCACUUUUGUUGUAGCUGCCUGUGUAUUUUUAUCUCAGGGAAGUCCCAAAGAGAAUUGGAGAUCCCUGUUGCCGCAUCUUUGAGAUUUCCUGCUUGUAUCUUUCAUCAGAACACUGCAUUUGUUCAUGAUACACAUUUUGUCGUAUUUCUAUAUAUGUGAAAUUGUUACCCAUUUGAUUUGUAUGAUGAUGUGGGUUUGGGAAAUUCUGAUGUCUGGACCCUUUUAACUUGGACACAAAAAGGUAGCAUGCUGGACAUCGCCUUUUAGUCAAUGUGUGCAUCUUUCUGCAUGGGGUUUGUUUAAAUGCUCCCUUGGUUAUCGGAGUUAGUUGCAAGUGUGAGGGCUGGCCCCCUCAUGAGCUUUUUGAUAAUAUUUGUUUGAGAGCUUUUUUUAAAUUUUUUUACUUGUUUCGACCAAAUGAAUCAUAGAAAGGAGAAAAAAAUUGUGUUGUUUACAAGUGCUAGUUUUCUGUACUUUUGUACAAUAGGUGUCUAUUCGACUUUUUACUGCUGUUGUUUACAGAAAUUGAAUAAGUGAGAAAACCCCAAUUAGCUUGUUAUUAAAAAAAUAUCAAAGGCCUAUGUAAAGAUACAGGUGUCAGAACACUUGUGAAAUUUGUGUCAAUACAACUCAGUAUUUCACCCUUAUGUUUUCCUUGCUUUUAUAUGCAUCUGAGGGAUUAUUAGUUGGCAUACAUUCAGUGAGAUAAAUUCCCAUCCUGUCAUCGCAACUCAUCUGGGCAGAAUGAACGUUUAAAUAUUGUGCUGUGAAAUACUGUAGCAUUCUGCUAAGUUUUGAGUUCCUGGGCAUUUAAACAAUGUGAAAUGUUGUUAAUUCCAUACUGUUCUGUAAAUAUGAAAUGAACAAGUGGUGGCUGGCAUUGUUAUGUGAUUUUUGUGAGUUAUUGCUUCAAGAAGCAUAAUGUUUGGCUAAACUACAGGAAUGUUUUUUUCCUGUGUCUAGUUGGUAAGUGCCAUGGUUAAAAUGACACUUGAAUAGCAACAUUUUCAGUGAAAGACUUAAAGUUUUAGAUUAAUAAGGUGUUUCAAGAGGGUGCUGUAUUUGAGGUGUGCUUCCGUCAUUCUCCUGACCUUUUAUAAAUAUUUAAAUUUUAUAAAACUCCUUUUGAAAAUUGGCAUAAUGUAUUUUGAAGAAACUCUUGAUGUUUUCAGAGAUUCUUGUGACAUUUUUUAUAUGUAAAUAAUAUAACAAAAUAUUUGUGUAUAAAAAGUGCCAAGUUAAUUGCAUUUUCGUGAACAUUCAUUGGAUCUGUUGGUUGGCGCAGAAGUCAGUCAAUUAUGAUGGCUAUUAUAAAUUAUUUUAUUUCAUAUUUAUAAUUUAGAAUGCUGAUUUUAGUUUCUGUAUUGCUUACUUUAUCCACAUAAAUGAAAUUAUGUGCUCAGUGAAGUAAGUGAGGUCUAAUUAAAAUUAACUAAUAUUCCAACUAAACACUUUAUUUCCAAGCUUUUAUUUCUAAGUGUGAGCUUUUGGAGAUUGCAAUAUCUACUGUAUAAGGAAUUUAAACAGCUUUUACCAAGCUGUAAAUACCAAUUGGCCUACUUAAUCUACCCUUCCUCAAUUCAGUUGUUGGAAAAACUUAAGCCUUUGACUUGUGAAACAGAUUUUAUGCUUGUUGAAAUCUAUUACUGUUACUGUUGUCUGUUAAGAAAAAAAAAAGAAAAGAAAAAAGAAUUGCCUCGUGUCAACUCAAGCUGUUAGUUUUUGCUCAAAUGCAAAAACACCUCGCAUUAUGCAUUGCAUCUUUCACUGCAAUCAGUUACAGAUGCAGAAUAUGACUAAUCCUUGAAGUUAUAAUCAAGUGUAACUUUUUUUAAGGUUGCUUUUUAGCUACUUGGUCAUACAGUGACCUCUGUGAUUUUUAACAUUGGGGUAACUGUAGGGGGAGCACAUACGAACUACAUGAACACAAAUAAACAUCCAUGCCCGAAGCAGGAUUCAAGCCCGCAACCCUUUGAACAGGGACAGCUACAGCCCUUACCCUUAGCAACCUCAGCUGUCCAGGCCGACCAAGUUUACGUUGUUUUGGCAAUUUCAAACCCUAUCACUUCAUUUGAAAUGUUAUGCUCAGGACCUAUCUCUCUCUCUCUUUUUCCUUUCUUUCUUUCUCCUCUUUCAGUUUGUCUUAUUUUUCUUCCUUUCUUAAGACCAUAUUUAUUAUUACAUUCCGGUUGCGUAGUUCUCAUUGACUUUGUGUAGUUUUGCUACCAAUGUUGUUCUUUAAACAUUAGAUCAUUUUUCAUUUUCUUUUGCUACAUUUGUAGAACUCUUCAAAAUAACUUUUGAAUUGAGAUUAGUAGAAGAUUAAUCAAAAGAAUUGUAAAUGAUUUGACUGUUCAAAGAAACUUGCUUACAUGUGGGAGAUUUCAUAUUUGUUCACUAUGUUGACUUGUAGCUUAAUUGCGAAUGUCCUGAAUGUUUCACCUGAAUAUACCAGUGGCAAAUUCCUGGAAGGAAUUCUAUUAUGAUUUUUACUCACAUUUCUUACGUGAUCACUCAUGUUUCAGGAUACAUUAAUUCAACGUAUUUUUCUGAUGGUAAUUGUGAUUUCAAUUUAAUAUGUUAUUUACUUAAAAAAUGUUAAUAAGAGGUUUCAAAGUUCACAACCUUCUUCAGUUCCUCUCCCAGAUUAAACUUGAUAACUGUAUUGUUUGGGUCUCUUAUUGUUGUUCUUUAUCUAACCGUGAAGGUCAAGGUGUUGGUGUUAGAAUUUAUGUACAUAAAAAUGAACAAAUCUGUAUAUUGAAGUUGCGAUGUGUGUUUGAUCCAGUGUUUACUGGUACAAAAUAUUGCUGGCUUCUGCGCCUUUGAUACAGCACCCUCCUGAACAGUGUAUAAGUCUUGCUGAAUGUGGGCCAAGCACGUGCUGUCAGCUGCUUUGGCAUUGCAUUUAUAUACCUUCCCGGAGCUUAAAGAUAUAUCAGAUAUUUAAUAUUACAUACAUACAUAAUAUAUAUAUCAAGCUGUCUUGGCAGUGAAAUUCACUUGCAGCAGUGAAAUUGUUGAAGGAUUUCUUUGUGGUGUUAGUACUAAGUAGACUGCAAAGAAUUCUCCUCAUACUCUUUGUAUAAAAAGCCCUUGUUACUGAAAAAUGUUCUUGAUAUCUUGUAUCUUACUGGGGGGAUAGAAAAAAGAUGUAUGGUAGGUGUAAGUGUUGAAAAUCUGUUGUGAUUUGUGUUACCAGUUAUUAUAAUAUUAUAUUGUUACUACCAUUAGAAACAACAUACCUUAACUGUUACAUGGAAGUGUUUAUUUCCAUCCAGCAGACUUGUUUUUGUUUUCUGUUUGAAGUCCAUGUACUGCCAGAAAUACUGUGGACUUGAAAAAUACUGAACUAAACUUAUUAUUUUAUUAAUCAUCCUGGGUAACAUUUUUUGUUAGAACAUUUUAUUUGUUUAAAAAUGUUUAUCAUUAUAAGUUCUAGGACUGUACAUGUUAUUCCUAUUUUUGUGUAUAUUUUCCAAGUACUGUACAGUUUAGAAAGGCUGCUCUUAAUAAAUAUACAAAGCUGAGUAUAUCACUUUUUAAAUGUGUGUUUAUCUCUAUUACUCACA